CGGUGGCAUUGAAGUUAGUAUCUUUGACGUUGUAGUCCAGAGUAGUUGGUGGGAUUCCUGUUUAUUAUAUCUAUCUUCUGCUUGUUUAAAUUUUAUUUGUUGUUUCUGCAAACAGUUAAAUUGUUUAUUGAACGAUUUUUAGAAACAUUUUGUGUAGAUUUAGGUAUAGGAAAACCAUAGAGUUCUAAAUAUAUGUCACAUUGUUGUGCUUAGUAUUUGUGGCGCCUCUCUUGGACCCCUUCUCUCUCAAUAUAGCCAUUCCAAUAUAAGGGAAUUGCGUGUAUAGGAAGAGGAGUAUCAAAUAGAUGUGUGACCUAUACAAAUAGUUAUAUAUAAUACAAAUUGCCGUAUUUUCGACGCCGACUCGAGCUCCGGUCUUACUUUUUUUUUAUAAUAGGAAAGCUUUUUUUAGGGGAUAACCUUGGCACUCAGCAAUUAUUAACCAGCUAAGACGACCGAAGCUCUUAAGCUAUUCAGUGCCAAUUGAAUAAAGUUUUGUAUAGGUUUGCUUUUUGGUAGUUUUAUUUAGAGUUUAGAAAUUUUCUGUUCUAAAGUAACACGAUGAGUAUGAAUUGCUUAAUAAUAUUUGAUAAGACAGAAUUUGUGGCUGGAGAUAAUGUGACAGGUCAUGUAGAUAUAACAAGUCCUCAUCCAGUAAACAUUCGCUAUAUAUCACUGACGAUAACGGGCAGUGCUGAUGUUCACUGGACCGAAUCAGAAUCAUACGAGGAGAAUGGAGAAAGAAAAAGUCGAACAAUUACAUAUUCUUCGCACGAACAAUAUUUGAACAGUCGAACAAUAUUGUAUGGCCAGGAAGGUGGACCAACCAUCCACUUACCAGCAGGAAGUCAUUCUUACAACUUUCUCUGUGCACUUCCAAACGGACUGCCAGGCACAAUGUUCAGUACUUACGGGACGAUUGAAUACACUGCAAAAGUCAAAUUUGAUAUUCCAUGGGCCUUUGAUGAUAAAUUCAAAGAAAAAUUUCGUGUGGUGCCCAGACUUGACCUAAGUCAGAACCCUUCAUUGAAAAUGCCAAGUCAGGCUGAAAAAGUUAAGAAUUAUUGUACUUGGAAAUGCUCUACAUCGCCAGCUACAAUCACCGUAACACUUCCACAAUCUGGAUUUGUUAAGAAUGAAGAAAUCCCAAUAUCUGUUAACAUCACAAACAUGAGCCAUGUGAAAAUGUCUGGAAUUCAAAUAAAGCUGGUCAAAUCUAUUGUUUGCAGGAGUACUACCCCGCGUGUUAAAGAGAAGAGUGAAUCCAAUAAAAUUGUCUAUGAGAGAUUUGAUUUGGAUGAUAAAUGCAAUGAUCGUAUUAUCAAUAUUGAAGCGAAACUUACUGUGCCAUAUACACCUGUAACGUGCGAUAUCUCCUCCAAUAUUAAAAUCUCAUAUUACAUGGAAGUAGCUGUUUACGUGUCUGGAUGCCAUAAUACUGCACGUCUAUAUGUUCCAGUAACUAUUGGAACAUUUCCAAUUAAUUUCAACGGGGAUACCAGCACAGCUUUAUCUCAGAUGUCGUUCCACGCACCAGCUGUACCAAUUGCUUCAUCAGUGGUCCCUCAGGCUAACACGGGCAUGCCUGUGAUGCCACCACCAUUACCGACUUACAGUCCUGGACAUGUUCCAGCUCCCAUGCCAGGCAUGCCGAAUAUGCCAGUUCCAAUGCCAGUACCAACAGUACCUACAGCUCCUACUCCGGAUCAAACUAUGAAUGGAGAUCUAAAGACACCACCACCCUCCUACUCAGAUGUGGUCUAUGGCUGGAAAAAUGAUGAGAAGCCUUUCAAUAAUUCACCAAGUGCUCCAGGUUUCUCCAUAUGUGUUUAUAUAACGGGCAGUGGUCGUGUGAGUUGGACUUCUUAUACUACAAUAGCUGAUAAGAUUGAGACUGUUGAACAUUCCGGCAAUGAGGAGUACAUUAAUUGCCGCACAUGUGCUUACAAUGCAGCUACUGGGUCAUUCUUUGAACUACCGGCUGGUGUUAAUGUCUACUCCUUUAAGUACACUCUUCCCAUGUGGCUACCAUCGUCCUUUGAAGGUACUCAUGGAUAUAUCCGAUAUGCAGUGGACGUUGUUCUCGAAAGACCAUGGAAAUUUGAUACGACGUUCAAGAAGCCUUUCCCAGUGUGUCGCACUCUUGACCUCAAUCGGGAUAUCUCUCUUAAAUUGCCCGCUCAAAUGGACUACAGAAAGCAAUUUAUAUUGUCCAGCACAUCGCGUGGUAUCCUCGCAAUUACAGUAAAUGUUCUCAAGACUGGAUAUGUUUCUGGUGGUUUCAUUCCUAUUGAGGCCAUUGUGGCCAAUAAUUGUGGCUACAGCAUUAACCAAAUUGUCUUUUCAAUAAGAAAAAUUGUCACAUAUAAGUGCACAUAUCCCUCAAAGGCUGAUAAGGACGAAGUAACGACGAUCCGAGAGAAGCUUGUAGACUGCCUAAUUGAAAAUGACCAGAGUUCCUUCAUGGAACGUCUUGAGAUCCCUGAAACACCCCCAACAACCCUCCAUUUCUGCAAUGUUCUCAACAUCACCUAUGAAGCAAGAGUGGUGGCGGUUAUCCCUGGCAUAACAGUCAAUCCUAGUGUGGCAAUUCCUAUUGUAAUCGGAACGGUGCCAUUUGCCAGCAACCAAUCUCCUUCAAGUCCUUCACAAUCAAUGCAGUACCAUGAGGAGGAAUUUACGUCUGAGAUCGAUGAUCCUCGAACCAUGUCAAAGUGUGAAGUAAAAUUCGAUAGAAAUCCAUACGGAGUAUACUUGGCAGGACAGACACUGUCUGGUCAGGUUGAGCUGAAUAUCUUCAAGAACAAGAAAGUAAAUGCUGUGACUCUGAAGAUCCUUGGAUAUGCUAAAUGCCGCUGGACAGAGAAUGAGUCAUAUCAUAAUGGACACCAUACCCAUACAAGACCCAGGGUUUAUCAAGGAAAGGAGGACUACUUGGCAUCAUCCACGGAUCUGGUAGGACGUUCGCAAGAUGGAAGUACAAUAGAACUGGCGCCUGGAAUGCAUUCCUAUCGAUUCACGUGCGAUCUCCCACAGCAGUUACCAACAUCUUUUGAAGGAUCCAAAGGAUAUAUUAGAUACUACGUUGUGAUAUGUCUUGAGCGACCAUGGAAGUUUGAUCAAAAGUUCAAAGUGGCCUUCACAGUGCUGAAGCAGUUUGAUUUGAACUUUGAUUCUCCAAUCUUGAGGCUUCCGUGUCAAGCAAAUGUAGAAAGGGUUUUCUGCUGUGGUCCCUGUAGGACAGGUCCAAUAUCCAUAAUUGCACAUACCCCACAAUCUGGAUAUGUACCUGGUCAGACAAUUACAGUUUACGCUGAGAUUGCAAAUUCGAGUACAGUGAAAAUGGAUGAGAUUCGAUUCUCUCUCAGGAAGAUUAUUCGAUAUACCAGCCAGACACCAAAGGUAAAGACCAAAGAAGAGACUCUUACAAUUGCUGAAGCAAGGAUAGCUGGUCUGAAGAAAAAGCAAAGUGGAAAAUUUGAGCAGCAUCUUCAAAUUCCACCACUACCUCCCACAAGUCUAACUCUAUGUCGGGUCAUCACAGUUUCCUACGAAGUGAAGAUUGAGGCAAAGGUAUCUGGAGCUCACCUGAAUCCUGUAGUCAAGAUUCCUAUAACUCUUGGCACAGUUCCUCUAAGGGAUAAUGUAUACGACGCUAUGCCUGUGAACGGAAAUGAUGUCCAAAUCCAAAUGGAGCCCAUCCUAAAUCCUGUAUUAUCACCAGACGCCGAUCAUGAUUUACCUCCACCUUCCUACGAAGAAUGCAUUUUUGGAGCUGUUCAGGUGAAGGAUGAUGAAGAUGAUGAGAAAACAGUGAUGUCGUGCACAGGAUAUGCUCCGAGAUAUCCAGUUUACAAUUGCAGUGAUUGGCCUAAAUGUGGCACCAAAAUUGAAAAUAAAGCCAUUGAACCUCUUGUGCUUCCAGACAUCCCAAGGAACGAUGAAAUUUCAGGGGUUAAUGCUAAUGAAAAAUAUUGAUGAAUUUAUAUAUUUGUUUUCAAUAUAAUGUAUCUCUAUUCCAUCCAUUAAGUGACAUAUAACUUUGUGCAAUUAAAUACGGUAAUAAAUAAAUUGAUUGAGCAAUAAAAACAAA